AUGUUUAUGCCCCAGUUGACCAAUCCCUCUAUUAUUCGAUCGGCGAUUCUUUCUUCAUCCCUUUCUUCUUCACCUGUCCCACCUACAUCCUCCGCCACUCUUACCUACACUCUAUUGAAUCGCAGCAGGACACCUAUGAUUUUCUCGUCCGUUUCAUCAUCUUCGUCCUCAACUUCGACUACUCCACCGAAACCCCAGCGUUCAGCAGCCGUUGUUGUCAAUCUCAGGCCAAUUCCUUCCACCACAUCUACGACAAUACGACCUUCUGUACCUAAUUCAACUGAUGACAAGACGAACCCUACUAAGAUUCAAACAAAAAACAAUACGCUACAAGAACCGACAACGACUGCCAAAAGUGUCUUGCUUACUGGUCUUAAUCAAACGAGUAGCAACGUCACGUGGAUAGCCAACAACAAACUGACGUCACAACUCGUGACGAGCAAUGCAACCUCAUUUGACGACGCUGAUUACGAAUAUUACGACUACGACGAGACUACGUUACAGAAAACAUCACAGAGUACAACUGCGAUUGCUAAGAGCACAACGAAGACUUUGACUUCUACCACUAGGGCUAUUACUAGCCCACCGGUACAGGUAACUACGUUGACUUUACGACAGGAUCUAGUACGACAAGCCACCACAGCAACGACCAUAGCGACCACGACGACACUGACGCCUUUCCUUACCACUUCCACAGCAGCGCCGAAUGUCGGAAUCUUGAACGGACUGACACGGGCAGGUGGAGCCGGAAUCAGCAUCGGAAUCGCAUCGGCAGCUUAUGCAGCUAUUGCUCUCUUUGGAAUCCCUUUCAUAGGUCGCCGGAGGAGAUCAAUCAAUGAGCGCAAUUGGCUGUUUGCGUCUGAUUACAAUCCCGGCUAUCGUCGUCAGUGGUUGAAGGUGGUGGACAACUAA